UAUACAAAAAUUCAAAUUCAAAAUAUGUAGAGUUAGAAAUCCUUUAUUUAUGUAUUUUCACUAAUGGUUAUUUUAGGAACCACAACAAAAAAUUUCCAAUGGUGUCAGCCCAUGCUUAAAUUUAAGCUAAAGAAGAAGUUCCAGCGUGUCUUUGAGGGGAUCGCUAAAGCAGGAAACCCAAACCCUCUGAAUCAGAUCUACACAGAGCUCCACAUCACAGAGGGAGGGACUGCAGAGAUGAAUAAUGAACACGAGGUCAGACAGAUUGAAACAGCAUCCAGGAAACCAGACAGACCAGAAACAACAAUAAGAAAAGAAGACAUCUUUAAAGCCUCACCUGGAAAAGAUGAACCAAUCAGAACAGUGCUGACAAAGGGAGUGGCUGGCAUUGGGAAAACAGUCUUAACACAGAAAUACACCCUGGACUGGGCUGAAGACAAAGCCAACCAGGACAUCCAGUUCAUAUUUCCAUUCACUUUCAGAGAGCUGAAUGUGCUGAAAGAGGAAAAAUUCAGCUUGGUGGAACUUGUUCAUCACUUCUUUACUGAAACCAAAGAAGCAGGAAUCUGCAGCUUUGAAGACUUCCAGGUUGUGUUCAUCUUUGAUGGUCUGGAUGAGUGUCGACUUCCUCUGGACUUCCACAAAACUACAAUCCUAACUGACCCUAGAAAGUCCACCUCAGUGGAUGUGCUGCUGAUAAACCUGAUCAGGGGGAAACUGCUUCCCUCUGCUCACCUCUGGAUAACCACACGACCUGCAGCAGCCAAUCAGAUCCCCUGUGACUGUGUUGACAUGGUGACAGAGAUCAGAGGGUUCAUUGACCCACAGAAGGAGGAGUACUUCAGGAAGAGAUUCAGAGAUAAGGAGCAGGCCAGCAGGAUCAUCUCCCACAUCAAGACAUCAAGAAGCCUCCACAUCAUGUGCCACAUCCCAGUCUUCUGCUGGAUCACUGCUACAGUUCUGGAGGAUGUGCUGGAAACCAGAGAGAGAGGACAGCUGCCCAAGACCCCAACUGAGAUGUACAUCCACUUCCUGGUGGUUCAGGCCAAAGUGAAGAAGGUCAAGUAUGACGGAGGAGCUGAGACAGAUCCACUCUGGAGUCCAGAGAGCAGGAAGAUGAUUGAGUCUCUGGGAAAACUGGCUUUUGAUCAACUGCAGAAAGGAAACCUGAUCUUCUAUGAAUCAGACCUGACAGAGUGUGGCAUCGAUAUCAGAGCAGCCUCAGUGUACUCAGGGGUGUUCACACAGAUCUUUAAAGAGGAGAGAGGACUGUACCAGGACAAGGUGUUCUGCUUCAUCCAUCUGAGUGUGCAGGAGUUUCUGGCUGCUCUUCAUGUCCAUCUGACCUUCAUCAACUCUGGAUUCAAUCUGCUGGAAGAACAACAAAGAACCUCCAAGAAGUCUCAAACAAGAGAAUCUGCAGAGAAACACUUCUACCAGAGUGCUGUAGACAAGGCUUUACAGAGUCCAAAUGGACACCUGGACUUGUUCCUCCGCUUCCUCCUGGGUCUUUCACUGCAGACCAAUCAAGCUAUCCUACAUGGCCUGCUGCCACAGACAGGAGGUAGCUCACAGACCAAUCAGAAAACAGUCCAGUACAUCAAGAAAAAGCUCAGUGAGAAUCUGUCUGCAGAGAAAAGCCUCAAUCUGUUCCAUUGUCUGAAUGAACUAAAUGAUCGUUCUCUAGUGGAGGAGAUCCAACAGUCCCUGAGAUCAGGAAGUCUCUCCACAGAUAAAGUGUCUCCUGCUCAGUGGUCAGCUCUGGUCUUCAUCUUACUGUCAUCAGAAAAAGAUCUGGAUGUGUUUGACCUGAAAAAAUACUCUGCUUCAGAGGAGGCUCUUCUGAGGCUGCUGCCAGUGGUCAACGUCUCCAACAUAGCUCUGUAAGUAAACAUACCACCCAGACCCAUACAAUGGACCCAAAGCUUUUCUUUAACUCCUCAAAAAUAUGAAUGAAUGUUCUGCUCCUGCAAACUUCUCUCAUUAGUUCUCACUGUCUGAUGCUGUCAACUAAAUUAUCUCUAUCAUUACACACAGAGUUCUAACUUUGUUCUUUGUAUGUUAUAAAAUCCAGCA